GGGGCGUGACUAUCUCGGAGAGCGCGGUGUAGCCUCAAAGUUGCGCUUGCUUUGAGCGAGCUUUAGGGCGGGGCUAAGUGAUGGGCGGGUCGCAGGACCAGCGCUCGGCAUUGAGGAGUCACUUGCGAGCUGUUCUGUCGGCUGGUUGCUGUCCUAAGCCAUGGCUCUGCGCUCCUGGCGCCUGUGGCACUGGUUCGCGUUGCCAAGGGUCCGGCCCUCUCUCUUCAGGAGCACUUCGACCCCGCGCUUCGGCCAGCAGUUCUCCACACAGGAGAAGACCCCUCAGAUCUGUGUAGUUGGCAGUGGUCCAGCUGGCUUCUACACAGCCCAACACUUGCUAAAGCACCACACCCAGGCCCACGUAGACAUCUAUGAGAAGCAGCUGGUGCCCUUUGGCCUGGUGCGCUUUGGCGUGGCACCUGACCACCCCGAAGUAAAGAACGUCAUCAACACGUUUACACAGACAGCCCGCUCGGACCGCUGUGCCUUCUGGGGCAAUGUGGUGGUGGGCAGGGAUGUGUCGGUUCCAGAGCUUCAGGAAGCCUACCACGCCGUGGUACUGAGUUAUGGAGCAGAGGACCAUCAAACCCUGGAAAUUCCCGGCGAGGAGCUGCCUGGGGUGGUCUCAGCCCGGGCCUUUGUGGGCUGGUACAAUGGGCUCCCCGAGAACCGGGAGCUGGCGCCGGAUCUGAGCUGUGACACCGCUGUGAUUCUGGGGCAGGGGAAUGUGGCUCUGGAUGUGGCCCGGAUCCUGCUGACGCCACCUGAGCACCUGGAGAAAACAGACAUUACAGAGGUGGCUCUGAGGGCCCUGAGGCAGAGUCGGGUGAAGACUGUGUGGAUAGUGGGCCGGCGUGGACCCCUGCAAGUGGCCUUCACCAUUAAGGAGCUUCGAGAGAUGAUUCAGUUGCCAGGAACCAGGCCCAUUUUGGAUCCUUCAAAUUUCUCAGGCCUCCAGGACAGAAUUAAGGAUGUCGCCCGUCCAAGGAGGCGGCUGACAGAACUGCUGCUUCGGACAGCCACGGAGAAGCCAGGAGCGGAAGAGGCUGCCCGACAGGCAAUGGCCUCCCGGGCGUGGGGCCUCCGCUUUUUCCGAAGCCCCCAGCAGGUGCUCCCCACAUCAGAUGGGCGACGGGUGGCAGGCAUCCGCCUGGCAGUUAACAGGCUAGAGGGUGUCGGCGAGUCCACUCGGGCAGUGCCCACGGGAGAUGUCGAGGACCUCCCUUGUGGGCUGGUGCUGAGCAGCGUUGGAUAUAAGAGCCGCCCCAUCGACCCCAGCGUACCCUUUGAUCCCAAGCUCGGAGUCAUUCCCAACAUAGAGGGCCGGGUUAUGAAGGUACCAGGUCUCUACUGCAGUGGCUGGGUGAAGACGGGGCCCACAGGUGUCAUCACCACGACCAUGACAGACAGCUUUCUCACCAGCCAGAUGCUGCUGCAGGACCUGAAGGCAGGGCUACUGCCCUCCGACCCCAGACCUGGCUGUACAGCCGUUCAAGCUCUGCUCAGCAAGCGAGGAGUCCGGCCAGUCUCUUUCUCAGACUGGGAGAAGCUGGAUGCUGAGGAAGUAUCCCGGGGCCAGGCCAGUGGGAAACCAAGGGAGAAGCUGGUAGAUCCAAGAGAGAUGCUGCAGCUACUGGGGCACUGAGCCUGCAGCCCAGCCUCCAGCUGGGAAGAGAACUGUGCUGGAGGAGGGGUCUGAGCCAGUCUGAGCUGGACUCUUCUCCACUACAGUGCUGAGUGCUCUGGCCGCUCGGAGGGCAAACUGUGGCCCUUCCAGGGGCCUCUGAACUCUGCCUUCUGCAAGCUGACCUUCCAGUGUGGGUUUGGGGCAAGGAGAGAACCUUAAGCUAGGAUGGAUGGAGGUAGAGACUGGCUCUACCUGCCCUACUUCCUUCCUGACGGACUGGAGAAUGAACACAAUGGAAAUAAAAAGCUGUACCUAAGA